GCUUUAGUCCCAAACGUCUUCCAGGUUCAAUCUGGAACUGUCUCUAUGAUCUCGGCCAUACAAACCUUGGUAUGAAUGAUUAUUCCCGCCCACACAGGGGAGGAGCUGAAAUUUCAAGAUACAGGAAUCUAAAGACAUGUGAACUGAUCUUUAAAUUAGGAACUGAAAGAGAAAAAGAAAACCUCCAAUAGUUCCCCAAGUUCAGAUUUGAAACCGACUGCCGGAUUCUGGAUCUAAUUGUGGAGUUUGAGUAACUUUUAGAAGGUUGCAGGUCUUUCAGCAGUGGAAGGUCUAAGAUGCUUCAACAGCAGCUGCUGGUCCUGCUUGUUUCCCAGCAUGCUUUGGGUGUGGAGGUGUUCGACAGCAUGGAGUUGGUCCAGCUGCCCUGCCAGGUCAACGUCUCUGUUUCCAUGGAGUCCACGGUUGUGUGGAGCCGCGAGGACCUUAAGUUUUCUACUGUUCACAUCCAUCAGCAGAGUGGCGAUGAUCUGUCUGAGCAGAACCAGCGGUACAGCAAUAGAACAAUGAUGAGCAAGGAUGCUCUGCGGACCGGAGACCUCAGUCUGACUCUGAAGAACCCUACUGUCUCUGACAGUGAGACAUACACCUGCACUGUCCGCAGGUUCGGACGGGAAUUGAGCCGUAUCCAUGUACAUCUUCAAGUAAAGGAACGUCCUCAUCCGACGUGGUUGCUACCUCUGGCAGUGGUGCUGAUUCUAUUUUUCGUCCUGGCUGCUGUCUUUGGUUUGGUCAUCUAUAGGAGAUAUAAGAGAAUAAAACGUGAUCCAGUAUACAAGCUGCAAGUGGUGAAGACUGCAGAGGGGGUGGAAGCUGUUGUUCUGCCCUGUAAAACCAAAGUUCGUCUUCCUCCCACGGCAACAGUAGAGUGGAGACGCGUAGACACGGACCAGGUGGUCCACCUGUAUCCAAGAAUCCAACUGCAUUGCCCUGAGAUGAUUAGAGGUCUUACACAGAUGGAGGACAACCCGUUAAGAACCGGAGAUCUCAGUCUGACUUUGUACAGCCCCAACCAUUGUGACAGCGGUCUCUAUGUCUGCACCGUCCAAAAGGGUGGAAACAACCUGAAGCAGAAGGUUGUGUCUCUCUUUGUUGAAGAACAUCUGCUGUGGUCCGACACGAACUCCGACCAAACCGACCAUAUGCCUGAGAGGAGCAGCCUGAGACAGAGUCUGAAGAGCAGCCUCGGAGGACGAUUUUACUACAAUCAGUCUUCUCCGUCUUUGGCUUACGACAGAGGUGCAUCUCUGCCUAAUGGAGCUUACAUGGCACAGACGACUCCAGAAGCCUCCACAAGGCUACCGAUUUUCCAGCAACUGACUAGAACAUCAGUGAGGUCGGCCAGCAAACUGUCUUUCUCUAGUCUUCCGCCUAUGUGACAUUUCUGCAGAGAGGAGGAUUGAAUGGUUGGACAGACCUCCACAUGUGGUCAUGUCUGUGGUGCUGGAUAUCUCCACUUGUCCCGGUGUUCAAGUUCUGCAGAACCCAGCCGGAUUUUUAGAACACCUCCAUGUCAGCCUUCACUAGUCAUGACUCUUCAUCCUUCAUGCUUCCCUUUGACUGUACGUUGACUCUUUUUUUAGGGAAAUUAUUUUUUGUUGUUAUGGUUGUUGUUUGUUAUAUAAAGUAUUUUGUCUGAGUAAAGUUUUUGAUAAACUUGAACUGAUGCCAUUAAAAAGGUUG